AUGCCGCUGAUCAACGAAUACUACGACUCUCUCCCGUAUGUCGACACCCAGGUCGACGAGGCCGGGCUGGCAGCGGCGCGUGCAGCCAUCGAUGCCGACAUCAGGAGCGCCGGCGUAGACACGUCGGACCUGCACCCCGCCCUCGUCCCCGCCGCAACGUACACGCCGCGAUUCUCUGAUUUCGUCGAGCGCGAGCAUGCGCGCCUGGACGGGAACCCUGCGUCGAAGCUGUCCGGCAUCGACCUGAAGCGCUACGAGGACCUCGACGCGCCCGAGAACACAACCCCCACCAGCGACGAGGACAGGCCCGAGCUGCUGGAGAAGUGGAACCGCGCGCUGAAGCAGGCCUACACAAGCGCCGAGUACGUGCAAGGGCGGCUGACGCAGCUGGGACUGCUGGAGAAGUUUGGAAAGAACGCCUGGCUGGUCGGCAACGCGCAGCUCGAGGACAUGCUGAAACGCGUCGAGACCGAGCUGGCAGACGUGAGGAAGCAGCACGAGGAGGUCGAGACACGGCGCAGGUCGCAGCAGGAGAGCGUGCACGGCGAGAUCAAGACGCUGGAGGAGACGUGGAAGAAGGGGGUUGGGAGAGUGCUGGAGACCGAGGUGGCCGCCGAGGGACUGAAGCAGCAGAUUCUCGAGCGCCGACGAGCCGGUGCAGUGUGA